AUGAUACGAACUGGAAUGUACAGUGUGGGGAUUGUUCUGGUAGGCCUAGUCGGCUGGAUUCAGGCAGUACCUAAACCAGAAAUUGCAAGACUUUAUGGCAAGUUGGCAAAGAGACAACUUGACAGCUAUGGAUCCCCGGCAGCUGCUCCAGCUGUUGACAGCUACGGAUCUCCGGCCGCUGCUCCAGCUGUCGAUACUUAUGGUGCGCCGGCCAGCCCACCCUGUGACCUCCAGGGUCCCCUGCAAGCUGAACUCCCUGGUGCUGAGUGUAGAGCUGGAGAUCCUCAAUGCCAAGAUAUCUGCAAUACUGUUCAGGAGGAGAAAUGUGAGCAGAUCUACGAGACUGAAUGUCAGACAAUAAAUGAUCGAAAAUGUGAAAUUGUUUACGAAAAUAAAUGUGAAACCCAGUAUGAGACUGCCUGUAGAACUGAAUACGAUACAAAGUGUGAAACUCUGUACGAACAGAAAUGUGAAACAAGAUACGAUACUGUAAAUGAGAAAGUGUGUGAUACAGUUUAUGAAGAUAAAUGUUCAACUAUUCAGGAACAAAAAGAUUAUAAUUCUACAGUUAUAACUGGGUUACCCAAAAAGGAGGAAAAGUGUGAAACUAGGUAUGAGGAUAAAUGUGAAACUAAAUAUGAAACUCAGUGUGAAACCAACUAUGAGAAUGUGUGCCGAGCAGUGCAGGAUACUGUCUGCAAUACCGUUCAAGAAACUAAAUGCGAACAGGAAAAUUAUAUCCAACUAAAUCUAAAACGNCCCCAGGUUUAUGAGGAUAAAUGUGAGAUCACAUACGAAACCCAGUACGAGGAACAGUGCAGCACCGUCAAUGAAAAGCAGUGCGAGACCAAGUACGAUACCCAGUAUGACACCAAAUGUGAGACCAAGUACGAGACGGUGUACGAGGAGAAGUGCGAACCCAAGUACGAAACCGUCUACGAUAACAAGUGCGAAACUGUUUAUGACACUGAGUAUGAUACUAAAUGCGAGACCAAGUAUGACACUGUCUACGAAGAGAAGUGUGAACCCAAGUAUGAAACUGUUGUAGAAGAGAAAUGCGAAACUUCUUAUGAGACCAAGUAUGAACAGCAGUGCAACACAGUUUACGACACCCAGUACGACACGAAAUGCGAAACUAAAUAUGACACAGUACAAGAACAGAAGUGUGAGACCAAGUAUGACAACCAGUGUGAGACAAUCUACAACACUGUGUAUGACACAGUUACAGAGCAGAAGUGUGAAACUCAGUAUGAGACACAGUACGAUACCCAGUAUGACAAUGUUUGCAACACCAUCUAUGAAACGAAAUGUGAAACAAGAUACGAAACUGUAACUGAACAGCAGUGCUCUACCAUACAGGAACAGAAGUGUGAGCUCAAGUAUGACACAGUCAAUGAACAAAAAUGCGAAACUGUUUAUGAUAACAAGUGUGAGACUGUCUAUGACACUGUUCAAGAGGACAAAUGCGAAACCAAGUACGAGACGAAGUGCGAGACCCAGUAUGAAACUGUUUACAACGAGGUUUGCAGAACUGAAUACAGAACAGAAUAUGAGACUGAGUAUGACACCAAGUGUGAGACCAAGUAUGAGACAAAGUGUGAGACACAAUACGAGACUGUUUAUGAAGAGGUGUGCGAUCAACCAGCUGCUGAUGAAUAUGGAGCUCCUGCCGCUCCAGCUUUAGACUCAUAUGGCUCUCCAGCCGCUGCCACCCAGACAGCUUACAGUGCACCAGCUGGUGACUCCUAUGGAUCUCCAGCUGCUGCCCCUGCAGGAGACUCUUACGGAUCCCCCGCUGCUGAUCCAGUCGCAGAUACUUACGGAUCCCCAGCUGCCGAUCCUGUCUCAUGCCGUCAAGUACCCCGCCAGCAGGAAAAGGAAGAGUGUACCCAGGUCCCAAGGGAGGAAUGCCAGCAGGUUCCUCGUCAAGUAGCUAAACAAGUUCCUGAACAAAAAUGUGAGCAGGUCGCUAGCCAGGUCCCCAAGGAGGUUUGUCGCCAAGAGGAGAAACAAGAGUGCUACAAGAUCCCCCGUCAAGUUCCCAGACAACAGUGCGCUCAGGUUGCCAGGGAACAGUGCCAGAAUGUUCCAAGACAAGUGGAGAGAGAAGAGUGCUUCAAUGUGCCCAGGGAACAGUGUGUUCCAGUCAAUAGACAGAUUCUAAAAGUAGCCUAA